CAUGUUGGGUGUGCUAAAACGUCAAUCAAAACUUGUCUAUGAUGCAGCCCAAGUUUUCUCUUGAGUUUGGGAGGGGUGAUUACUGGAAUGCGUGUAUAUUUCUGAAUUGAGUUUAAAAAAAUAUUUAUCAGUGCAUACGUAGUGCUAUUACGAUAAUAUGUGUACAAUGAACCGUUUAAGAUGUGUUUAACAUCACGUGCUUAAUUUCACUUUCUAUGGGCGUAGAUAAUCAUGCAAAAUGGCCAACGAUUUGUGGUCAUGUACCUGUUGUACGGAGGCGCUGACUUGCUGGCUGCGGCUGAAGCUGUCUCCGGAGGAGAUCGAGCAGCGCUACAGGAGCAAAGAGAUCGACCGGAUAUUAGAGAAGGACAAGCAGACACUGCGACGGCAGGUGAAGCUGCUGCUGCUCGGCGCGGGUGAAAGCGGGAAGUCGACAUUCCUCAAACAGAUGAGGAUCAUACACAAAGUGAAGUUCGAGCCUGACUUGGUGCGGGAGUACCAGCACGUGAUAUAUCAGAAUAUAGUGAAAGGAAUACAAGUUCUAGUUGACGCGAGGGACAAAUUGGCGAUACCGUGGGAGAAUCCUAGAAAUUUGGAUGUGGGACAGCAGGCGUUGCACUUUAACAGCACGCAGACGCUGGACAGCCGGCUGUUCAUGCACUACGCGCCGCACAUACACUCCCUGUGGCUCGACAGGGCCAUCAAGAGGGCCUAUGACAGGCGGAGAGAGUUCCAACUGAGCGACUCUGUAAGCUACUUCUUCGACGAACUGGAGCGCAUAGCGCGACCAGACUAUAUGCCUUCCCACCAAGACAUCCUACACUGCCGGAAAGCCACUAAGGGCAUCUCCGAGUGCACCAUCAACAUCAACAAUGUGCCGUUCGUGUUCGUCGACGUCGGCGGGCAGAGGACGCAGCGGCAGAAGUGGACGCAAUGUUUCGACUCGGUCACGUCGAUAUUGUUCCUCGUGUCUUCGUCGGAGUUCGACCAGGUGUUGUCUGAAGACAGGAGAACGAAUCGUCUCGAAGAGGCGCUCAACAUCUUCGACACAAUCGUGAACAACGUCAACUUCAAAGGCAUUUCCAUAAUCCUGUUCCUCAACAAGUCAGACUUGCUAGCGAAAAAGGUCGCUAGCAAGGAAACGGACAUUCGCUGGUACUACCCCCAGUUCACUGGCGACCCACAUAACUUAGCCGACGUGCAAAUGUUCUUACUUGACAUGUUCGCGAACGUUCGCCGGGAACCAAAGACAACACUCUAUCACCACUUCACAACAGCCAUAGACACGUACAACAUUGAGGUCGUCUUCAACUCGGUUAAGGACACCAUCCUUAAUCGUAACCUUGAAUCACUCAUGUUACAGUGAUAGUGUUAUAUUGUGAUAUCGGAAGCGUGCAUAAUAUGAAAGACAGUUAUGUUAGUUACUCGGCCUCCGCGCGGCCUAAUUGUUGUAAAAUAUGUAAUUUGACAUGUAUUUAUUUACCAAUAAUAAAUGGUAAAAACUAUGUAUAGUCUAUCGUAACGAUAUUUGUAUAUCAGUAUAUUUAUGACCAAAAAAUGUAGAUUUUGCACUUGGAACAAUGUAUUAUUAUGAUCACGUUUUUAACGGAUACGUUUCUACGAGUAUACGUAGGGGACUGUAUAGUAUACAGUUAGUAGGGGUAGACUUAUUGUCAUGGACAAAUUUGUGUAAAGCAAUAUUGUUUUAAAUGCUCCAUUAGGCUAUUCGAAGUCCAUCGAAUGAUUGUUACUUAAACGACUAAAAUCGUUAUUAUUACUCGGAUUUAGAGUUAAUAGUGAAUCGUAGUAUCUAUGCUCAAAACUUUUGCCAAGUG